AAUAAGGAAAAUUGACUCCACAUACAAACAAAACGAUUGACAAACCUAGCCUCCGUGCCGAUACACACGUUUGUAACUGUCCACUGCUUACCUUGUGUUUAGCUGUUCCAUUUUCCGUGCAGAGGCAGAUUACAUCAAGUAUGACAUUUUCCUCAUUAUCCGAGACUUGAAACACUCAGGGCGUGUAAGUAGCAGGCCUUUCCCAGUGCCUUGUAACGCUCACGGGGACCCGUAGACUGGCACUCAUUCCUUGGACUAACCGACUUGUGUCUCUUCACAAGCAUAGAUUGCUGGGACCAGUUCCAAAACCGAAAAAACAGCGUCAUUGAUAAUACGGCGACCCCUGAUAUGACGUCAAGUACACAAUCAGGUUCAACAACGCUCGGGAACUCCACGGGAAACAUCAUUGAAACGACCACGCUCUUCAGGACUACGUCAAGUGGUUCAACGACGCUCGGGAACUCCACGGAAAACAUCACUGAAACAACCACGCUCUUCAGGACUACGUCCAGUGCUCCUGGAGGUGCCCCCAAUGUCUUCAUCAUCACCAGUUCAGUCUCCAUCCUGCUCGUCAUCGUCAGCUGCAUUGCCCUGCUGGUGUAUUGUGUACGGACCUGGGGCAAGUCGGGGAGUGGCUUUUCAGCUGAGGAGAGGGACAAAUUGACGAGUCUCCAAGAGAAUGCCGAUUUCAUACUGUCAAGACAAACAGUGAUGGUGGACAAGGCCUGUCAUGUCGUUAUGGAGGGUGAAACUCCUUUAAGCCGAAUAGCAAGUUCAUCGAGACCAUCGAGAGAAGCAGAUGGGUACAUCAUGGCAUACCAGAAUGACGCAGGAUCCGCAGCAGCCUACCCAGAAUCCACUCCAAACACUGACUCCCUGUAUGCCCAACCUGCGAAGCUGAACAGAUCAGGACAACAAAAUGCCUCUCCCUCUAACAGCGUUACAAGACAUGGCGCCACGCCAUCGAUGACUGAGAUUGAUGCCUUGUACGCGAAACCAAUCAAGAAGAAACACAGACAGCAGAGUAAAACAACCGUGUUUAUGGCUCCCACCAAGUGAUAACCAGCAGUAUAACAGGAGGUUUGUUGACGAAGACAAAGAAUUCCGGAAAUACGACAUAUACUCUGAGCUUGUUUCACAUAGCAGAGUUGUUUACACCCAGUGGAAUCUGUUUCUGUAGACAGUCGAGACUGAAUAUUAUUUUGCCACAACACGGCCAUGCACGCACACACACACACACACACGCACACACACACAUAGAGACAGACAGACAGACACACACUCGUGCACACAAACACACACAGACAGACACGCGCACACACAGAGACAGACAAACGCGCACACACACACGCACAGAGAGAGUACACGUACACACGGAAAACAUACACACAGAGAAUGUGUAUACACAACCCAUUAACAUGCACACUUGGAGAGCAUGUACACACACAGAAAAUAUGCACACAAACGCACACAGAGAACAUGUACGCGUACAUACUGAGAGAAAAUGUACACACACACAGAGAAAACAAGUACGCACACACAGAAAACAUGCGCACAUACGCACACAUAGCGGAGGAACAUGUACACAAACACAGAACAUGCACACACACACAUGCAUACACUGACAGAAUAUGUAGACACAAAAAAACAUGCAUUCACACAAAGAACAUAUGCAGAAAAAACACACACAGAGAACAUGCAUACACGCGCACUCACAGAUACACAUGUAUGCAUAUUGUAUAUAACAUUGAAUGUACAUGUGAUAAGAGUAUAUGAACACACACCUGUAAGGAGGAUACUUGAUUGUUUGUUUCCAAUGUUAACAUUCUGUGAUAAUACAAUAACUUUUGUUAAAGCAAUGCCUACAUCCUUUAGUAUGGAAUGAGAGUCAUUCAUGUUGCACGCAUUGUUUACUUCAAACAUUCCCAAAACUACACAGACAACACUUGUUUGACAUCGGUUGCACUGUUAAUUCUUCCAUCGUUUGAUGAAGUCAUUUUAAAGCGCUUCGACCAGUAUUUAUAGUAUAUUCAGCUGUAAAUAUAUACACACUUCUCCCGAGUUCAUUCCCUUAACACACAUGAGCAAUGUGUGACGCAGCCAGUGAGAGGCGUUGGUCACUCGUAUUUUUCUGUAACACACAUAUUUCUGAGGGAAUAACCUCUUGACCAAUGUUCUUGACCAAUGUUCUUGACCAAUGUUAAGCUUCAAUUGGAGGUGAAAACAUGGAGUGCCUUCUAUUUCAGGAAGAACAAACACAUGGUUAUAUAUUCUCGCUAAUAUUUAUUCUCGAAUGUGAUUUCGACAAUUGAUAUCUUCACAUUUGCAUUAUAAGACAUCAUCAUACUGAAAUUAAACAGUUCUGGAUAUACGUUAGGCGACAUACCCUCUCUGACUUACACAUUGUAGCAGUUUUCGUAGGCACGUGGGACUUGCAUCCAACUCACUCGCUCACUGUUACAGUUUGGUUGUAUCUCGAUGAAGGCAUUUUAACGAAUUUCAAACAAUGCUCAAUAACAUUUACCUGUAAAUAUGUAAAUAGAGGUCAUGUACUACCAUUUCCGUGGACCACUGCACUGGAUGUGCCAUUUCGUAAACCGAUGAAUUUCUGCCAUGUAUACAGCAGAACCUAUUUUGUUGAAGCUUCACACUUGCAACAUUAAAUAGAAGUGGGUGCAUGUUUACCAAAGGCUAAUGUAGCAGCUUUUGAAGCAUCAUUUGUUUAUUUUUUCUUGAAUCUCGGCUUUUUUCUUGUUACUUUAAUAAAAUUAAUAUUUUAUUAUAUUAUAUUAUUUUGUCGAAUUUUCUGAUUUUGAAAAUAUAUUUGAAAUAACGAGAAAAAUAUUUGAAAUGAUCAGACAAAAAGCAGCAAGAGAAAAUAUGAAAAGGGGGAAAAUGGACCAAAAUUGAAAUAAGUAGAAAGUUUUAUUUCAAAUAAUUCGUGUUACCAAAGUGGCAUCAUUGGGCUUUCGUACAACUUGCACCUUAUGUCACCAAGAAUCUGUAGGUUUUCAUCACUCCAAAUAAAAUCUUUUUUGAUUGAA